GUGUUAUUGAGUUGACGGGCCACGGCCACUCCAUCCCUUGUUCCCGUCGGGCGAUGGAUGCGCCUCGUUCGCACGAGUUGGCUUUGGCGAAGCAGCAGUGUGAGGCCGAGAUGAGGAAGGAUAUAGACAAGAUGCUGGGGCGGAUGGCCGACUGCGACACCGUCCACGUCGGGCAUCACGACAUAAGCGAGUUUAUCAAACGCAUCGAACCACAUCUGCUCAUCAAGACCCUCGCGCUCGUCUUUGUAAGCCAUCCAUCCACGAGCCUUCUUGACACACUGUGUGGGCGUCCAUGUGUGUGUGUGUGCGUGUGUGUGUUUGUUGACAGGAGUGUCUGCACCCGAAGCAGCUGCGCAUUCAGCGCUCGCCGAUGAUCAAGCGGGAGAGCGUCCGUGCCUACAGCAUGAUAGUGCAGCAGCACCCCGUCUUCUGCUACAACCACCACACCACCAUACUCAAGUCUAUAUUCGAGGGACUCCUCGACAGACUACAGGUACAGUACACGGCACAGCAAACGAAGGGCACACGCACAUAUGGGAGGGAAAUCACCAUCUAUACGCUUGGACGCAUUUGUCGCGCAGGAUGGCACACAGGAGCAUGCUGACACCCACAUGAACACUGCCCUGGACAGUGAGGGGCGACGCUCAUCCAUCCAUCCAUCCACCCAAUCUGUCUGUGUUGCCGUGUCUUUUGUUUUGUUGUGCAGAGUGCGUGUCAGCCAUCACGAGGACGCUGAUGGGUUUGGCCUUCCCGCAGGACCUCGACGGCACCCCGCUGGAGGAGUAUGUGACCGAGGGUGUGCGAGGGGUGUUCCAGUCACUCACCAGACCCCUGUUAGACUCGCUGCCCUCCUCCAAACAGGUGGGCACAUCACAUACAUGGUCCCGGAGAAGAUGGGCGAGGGUCCAUAUGAUGUGUCCAUGUGUCUGUGUGUUUGGUUUGGCUGGUGUGUUCGUCAUCCAUCCAUUGUCAGGCGAAGGGCACAUCGCAGCCGAAGUGCGUUCAGAUUGGUGCGGCCACCUGCCUGACGGCCGUCAUCAAAAGUAUGCUCACGCGCCCACAUCACGUCACGUGCGCACAAGUGUGGUAUCGUCUCGUUCUAUCUAUCGUGCAGAUUGCCCCGCGGAAAUGUUGUUGGACCAGCAGCCGCGGCUCGUGCAGCGGCUCAUCACCGUCAUACGUGCCUACACCCACACCGCACACAUUCCAUGUGCACUCCUCCCUCGCUUAGGGAAUGUGUGUGUGAUUUCUGUCGUGGACAGGGACCCCCGAGCAUCUGGUGCAGGCCAAGCCUGAGACCCUCCUGGCCCUCACACACCUAUACCUGGUACACACACAUCACACACAGCUCCACGUUACAGGCAAGUCGGUGUUGUGGUCAUCUCUCUCUCUCUCUGUGUGUGUGUGUGUGUGUGCGUGUGUGUCCGUGUGCAGUCUGUAGGUCGCGAGGGUUUCAGCCCUGCGUUAGAGGGAGUGUUGGAGGCGGUCCCGGUGUGCCUCGACGUCACCACUGCUGUCGACUGGCGAACCAGGAGGGCCGCCAUCGAACUCAUCCAGGCCAUCGGAAGUACACACAACACAACACAACACAACAAAGCCAAAACCAACACUGACGCAUCGCCCGCCGCAUAUCUUUCCCUCCUUGUUUCUCCACCCCCACCGCGCAGCCGAGGCAGUGGGCCGUCGGGCGAAUGGGGCAGACUUGUGGGUGGAGCGAUCGCAGAGGCCUGACGGGGACACCGACCUGCAGAAGCGGCUCAGGAAGAUGGUCGAACCUCUCAAGGGAGACAAGGUCAGCCUGACGGUUUGGACACGGCAUAGGGGGCAUUUAGAAGUGUACGUGUGGUGUGCACUGCACAGGUUUCCAACGUUCGAGCGGCUGCCACGAGCUGCCUGCAGCUGGUGAGCAACUUAGAGGAAGAACACACACAGGAUCCCUAUCCCUCCGGUCUUCGCAUCUUGCUUGUGUUGGGUCUGCAGUGGUCGAGUGGCGGCUAUGUGGAUCUGAAGGAUGACAAGCGAUUCAAGCGGGCCAACCGCGGCACCCCAGGCACCCCCGGCCCAUCCACCACAUCCUCGCAAGCCGGCAGCCUCAGAGGCACCUCACCCAUAUCUGUCAGAGGCACUGUCGUAAGCAAAGCGGCGCAAAUACACGAUCUCUGUUGAACACAAGGAUGGAUGGAUGGAUGGAUUGAUGGAUUGAGCACACACCGUCUUCUUUGAUAUGUCAGGUCCGGCAGGUUCGCCCUCUGGUCAAUCCGCCGUCUCGUUUUCAUGCCGCCGGCGGCCUCGAUGGCAGCGGGGCGAUCAUGCCGCACAUAGGGGUGAGGAGUGGAGUGGUGGGCGGGAGGCUCUUCGACUCGGCCAACAUGGCCACGGCUGAGCACGGGUUCAUCACGCCAAACUCAAAAUCAGGUCAGACACACACACACAGAGAGUCGACGUCAGAAACACCUGUGUCGUUCGUCGUAGGUCUGUCAGGGAUGCAUGGCAGCCGCAGCGGGGCGAGUCUGCAUAGCCGGACUUCGCGGCAGCUGGACACCUCACCGGUCAGGAUGGCCCAGCGGUCGCUCACGGGCGAGGGGCCGCGACGGGAUGGUGUAGACUCCAUGAUGAAGGAACGGGACAUACCAGGUCAGAUCAGCACUCGAUGAUUGAGCGGUGCAUGCAGCCUGCGACGUGUCUCGUCUGUCUCACCUUUUUCCCCCGUGUGCGGUGCGUGUCGUGUCAGCUGUCCGGCGGGAGUCAUCAGACGGCUACUCCCGGCCGAUCCAGUACCACCCCUCCGCCACUCCCCCCGCCCUCAUAAUGCCCCCCUACGCCCCCACACCCCUCCCAUACCACCCUGGCCACGUUUCACCCGUCCCCAUCAGCUACCCCUAUCCAGCUGCCCCACUCGGGCGGCCACCUGGGUACUACCAGCACACGGCCAGUCCUCAGUUCGCCUUGGGCGGUGGAGGGACGGGUGGCAUGGAUGGCCUGCCGAUGCUCGCCAUGCAGCCGCAUGUGACGUCCACACAAGGACAGGGGGGAGGCGGGGGAGAGGACCUGUGGGGGCGGCCCAUCACUCCCACAGAGGCGGCGGACGCUGCGACACCCUCUUCCCCUUCUGCACCACCACCGGCACCGCUGGAUAUGUCGCACAUCAAGAAGGGCAGCCUCGCCCUCACACCUGCACUGCUGGAUGCCUGCGCCUCAAAGGCCUCACCAGUGGUCUCAUCAGCGUCUUCCCCGCCGCCGCCAGCAGAAAACGAUGGAGCCGAUGGCAACAAGGACAGCAGUGGUGAGGGCGGAGGGUUCAGCAGUGUGAGGGAGCUGAGGGCGGCGGCAUUGCGGGAGAGGAGGAAGACGCGAGAUCGGGAGAAGGGCGGAUCUGCUCCGGAGUCCGAUGCGCUCCGUUGCAGCACGGAGACGGUGGUCUUCACCGGCACUGGCACGGGAGCCGAAAAUGAGAAGCCCUCAGAUGAGGGAGGGGUGAGUGCGGCAGAAGGGCCUGACGCCUCUCCAUCUAGCGCUGCAUCUGUCGCCUCUGAUGCUGCUGGUGCUGCUGGUGGUGGUGGUGGUGGAUCGAGUGAUGGGCUGAGGGGCGAGGGAGAGGGGCAAGGCGACGGGGCAACACAGGGAGCCUCUGAUGGGAAGGACAAGCCAAGGACCACCGACAAGAGAAAGAAGGAACGCAAAACCAUAUUCCAGGUUGGUGGAGCAAAGUGACACGAUCCAGCGACACCACAGGGCGCAAUCCACACGCUUCCCUUCUAUACCUCCAUGUCCAUGGUUUUGCUUGGAACACUGCCAGCGUCAGCCCAAUGUGGGUUUCUUCAAGCAUGCAGCCCCUCCGCCAGCACCAUCAGAUGGUGCCGCGAGCGGCUCAGUGGCCGCCGAGCACAUCAAUGUGGAGGUGCGCGAGCCGCGAUUUCGUCAGUCGGCCCCUCCGCCGCCCCCGUGUCGGUCGCCGCCGCCAUCAGAGGCCAACGGAGACACGGAAGGUGGUGAGGAGGGCAACAGGGAGGAGAAUGGCGUCGCAGUCGAGAUGCGCAGCGAGCAGGCUGUGGCGGGUACCCAGACUGAUGCCGCGGGCGAGCAAGGGCAUGACACAGAGGUGAGAGAGGGGAGGAUCAGAAGGAAAACCACGCAAACCUCAUGACGGCGCGGUGUGCUCAGGCGCCGCAUGACGAGGGCCCUCCUCCCUCUCAUUCAGCACCGGCCGCCCCAGAGCCGGCGACGGAAACGGCUCCCCGACAGCAGCAAGAGCAGCGGGCAUCAUCUGGAUCCCCAGAGCAGCCCCAGCCACAGGAUGGCAGAGAGGGGGAGGGGGAGCAGCUGCAGCGUGAGGCCCUGCAUGAUGACCUAUCUACUCCGCCUGCAAGACAUGAACAGCCACAGGAGUCCCCCGACUCCUCCCCUCCACUCGCUGACGACAGCGAGGAGCAGGCCAAGCCCCUUCUCCAGCUCUCCGGCGGCCCCAGCGACGUCCUCUCACUCGACGACCCAUCCUCAGUCGACACGCCCUCCUCAGACAAGGCCAGCCUCCCCAUGCCCUUACCCUCGUCCCUCACAACAGCCAGGCAGGACACUUUCGAUCGCGACACGGCCGACGACCGGCCGCUGCGGGUGCCCUUCACCGCCAGGGAGUCGUUCCAGUCGAUGAGCGAGUCGCUGCGGCCGCCCUCUGAGGACGAGGUGCCUGUGGUGCAUCGGGGGGUCGUGGCUGGGGGAGGUGCGAGGAGGGGCCGGUCUGGCCUGCCUCUACCGCCCAGUCGGCCGACGCAUGGCGACUUGGGUGAGAUGGGGAUGAAGCCGAGGGCGAGCGUGGCGAUGGACGCGGCCAUCCUGCGGGGCAUGCGCAAGGUGAGUGGGGGGGUGGGCCGAGACACACACGACACAGACGUCACCACCUACACGAUGCAUGCAUGGGUUUGGUCUUUGUGGCGGUCAUCAAGGAGAUGGAUGAGCUGCGUCGUGACAACAUGGACCUGCGGAAGAAAGUCGAUGCACUCACACAGCAGCUGAGGUGAGAAACAGAAGCCCGACCUCUCGCCAGAACCGUCAUGCCUCCUGUCUGUCCAUCAGCAAGUUGGAGGGUCGUGCGGCAUCGAGUGACGUCCAGUUGGCCAAGGCCGAGGCGGAAUUGGCCAAGUACGAGGCCACCAUGUGGCGGGAGUUUGUCAAGAAGGACGAGCACAGACACACCGUCAAGACCAUAGACGAUAUCCGACGGAAGAUCGACGACCUCUACCAAAACCCAAGGCAAGCACCGACACACACACACACACACUCACACACAGACAUGACGAAAGAACACCCAAUGAGUGCCACCUGUUUGUUGGCCUCCUCUCCGGCUCAUCAAUCAGAGUGCCCCAGCCGGAGCGGCAACCGUCCCCCGCCCCAUCGCCCUCUCCAGUGGCUCUCACUGCCCGCACAGUCCGCUCCACCGCGCCCACACCCUCACCCAUACCCCAACGCACCGCAGUCAUGCCCCUCACAGCACCCAACACCCAACUCGCCACCGAACAAAUGGCACUGCGCUCACGGCAGUCCGCCCCACAAGCGCCGUAUGACGCAGCGCCAUCGGAUGAAGAAGGCGAUGAGUACGAGAUGCAAGAGGGAGAGGAUGUCGGUCCUCCAGAGGGCCUUCGCAGCCCGCUGCUCUGGCGGGCCAGCCCGCCGCUGCAAUGGGAUGUGACCCAGUCGGCAUCGCGGCUGGUGGUGCAGGGCGACCUCUGGACCGACCGACGCAACUCGGCCGCCAUGCCGUCGAGCCCCUUCACCCUCACCAUGAUGCCGUCGGCAUCGCCACUGCACCCAGCAGGGGGCAUCGGCAUCACUCGCGCAUCGCCCCGGUUCGGCAGCGGCAGUCCGCCCAGACAGCACUCGGAGAGCAGCACCACCACUGAUCAGGCAUAUUCGGUGGCAGUGGAGAUCGCCCGGAAGGAGCGGAUGGACGAAGCGAUGAGGGCGUCGGUGCAGAGCCUCCCCGCACCAGCACCAGCCAUCGCCUCUGACGAGGGGACUGGGCUUUCGAGCAGACUGGGGUAUGCGAACCAAGACAGCAUGCAGCUUCUGUCUGCCAUGCUCGCAGUGCGUCUGUCGGUCUGUUCGUUCAUUCAGUGCGUGGCGUGUGCCGAUGGCAAAUGACGUGGCGCAGGGGGAGCAAACCGAUAGUACUGGUAGGCAGAGAGGCAGCAAUCGGAAUGCUCUCGCCUCCCUCCUUGAUUGGUCGGUCGGUUAUUAGGAGUUUUCUCAAGCGAAGCGGCCAAGGCUGCAGCUGCCGGGUGGUCCCCUGCUACACAAAUGUCAGUCAGAUUGGCAGCACCCUCAAUGCGCCCAUUUCACUCCGCUGGUAUUAUCCUGCGGGGCCGUUGUGUGUGUGCAGGGAGUUUGGUCGGCACUUGUCAGCUGAAGAUUGGGGCAACGCAUACGCCACUCUGAUGAGCGGUGAGGAAAGAGAGAGACACCGCACAUCAAUCACAUACGCCCAAACGUCACUCACCCACAAGCAAGCGUCCAUCCUGUCUGUCUGUCUGUCUGUCUGUCGCCUACGUCACGUGUGGCUAAGUCGGUCCAGCUGUGCUACCUGAAGACUGGGCGCUGCUCGAUGACCUGCUCAGAAGGACAGGUCGGCCGACGUCUCGCUCACCAAUAAUCAUACUGCAUCGAUGGCUGUAUGCCUUGAUUGCAAUGCAGGCCCCGUUCCUCAUUUGUGCGACCUGCCGACCAACAGCCGCAUGAUGCGCCGCGCCAUCAACGUGCUGACCGACCUGGCGAAUGGCACACACGACCCCCUCGACAACAGAAACAUGAGGCGGACCGGUGAGCAUUCCGCCUGUUCGGUGUGCAUGUCACGACAAAUGGCAUGGGUGGGGUGUUGUUGCUGUUGUGGAUUGGUCAGAGAUGAUGCUAGCUUGGGCGUCCAAGGCGCUCGACGACGAGCCGCAGACACUGGCAUCGCAGCUGGCGGUGAGGGAGGUGCGCGACCAACCGAACUCACUCCCCCACCCAACUGUGGCCACCAUGCACCGUGUGUGUGGGGGUGCGGGGGUGUGGGCGUGUGCGUUUACGUCAGGAUUUGAAGGUGCUGCUGAGGAAACUCAUAGCGGCGCCACACAUAGAGGAACACAGUAAGCUGCCACUCUCACACACACACAGACUGGUGUUGGUUUGUCGUUCGUUGUGUGAUGUGAUGGAUCAUUCAGUGCGUGAGGUUGCCAGUGACAUGUACCGCCGCGUCAUGAUGGGGGAGGGCGUGGGCGAGGGGGAGGGGGAGACUGCGGCCGGGGGACAGCCUGCCUAGAUUAGCGUAGAGAUGCCUUCUGGCUUCUGACUGGGUGUGGGCGUGAUGGGAUGGAUGACGCUUGUUCCUCCGCCCUAUGUUCCUCCGCCCUAAUGACCAUGUUUGUGUAGGUGGAUGCACCACAGUAGCUGGAUGCACACAACACACGUCUCACGGCACGGCUCAAGCGUUACGCAUAAAAAGAGAGACCGGUCGGCUGCACCGUAUAAC